CGAGAUAACGCACGACGGCGGCGGCCGCGUCGGACACCGGUCACUCAGCGAGUGUCGGACGUUCGUUUGCCCAGAUCGGUUUUAUUUACAUUUAUAAUAAUUAUUAUUAUAACAUCAAUUUUUUACUUUUUUACACUGCAAAAAAUCGUUGUUCAUCAAACGAUUAAUCAAAUUUUUUCAUAUUCCGUCGAGAUAAUAAUUAUUAUAAUAUUGAUGUUAUAACGAAACGCACGCCGGAAAUGUAUACAUAUUUUUAAAAUUGUCCAUUAUUAACGUAUCGGUGUUUGAAAAUUUUUUUACGACGAACACGCGUUCGGAAUACUUUAUAAUAUAUGUACAUUUAAUAUUAUUAUUAGGUGUAUUUUAUAUCAAAACAGUUCUGGCACACGUAAGAUACAACACCUAAUAAUAAUAAUAAUGUCUCUCGGAUACUUUGUGCGAUCGCGCCGUAACCGUCGUCGUGGUGCAUCAGCGACAACGCGGUAACUGUGUUGCACUGUUUUUGUUGAAACGACCACGUCGUGCGUGCAAGAGACUGCGUCUCAGAUAAAAUAUUCAUCGUAAUAUCAUAACGUCUGUAAUAAAUACAACUUCACCAUCGUCGAAUAAAAUAAUAUAACCGCGGCCACGAGUGUACCGUUUACGACUCACGCGGAGUGCAGAGUCGACGAGAAAAUGAACAACUUUAUGGACUAUUUCGUGACCAAAGAGAACUACACUAACCGCGGACAUUGGGCCAGGGCCAGACACGUUUCUGAGACCGAAAGCGAAUGUUCGGCCGCCGACCGAGCCGAUGAAGCAGGCCGUCAAAAUGCCAGCUCCCCGCCUUUGGCCAUGGGGCCCGUGCAGAACACCGAUGAUGACGGCAUUUCGUUUUGUGAAUAUCACGACCUGCCACCACCGCCGGACGGCGGAUACGGUUGGGUCAUCGUGUUCGCCAGCUUCAUGUGCAACAUGGUUGUGGACGGGAUCGCUUACACCUUUGGCGUGUUCCUCAGCGAGUUCGUCACCUAUUUCGGUGAAGGCAAGGGCAAGACUGCUUGGGUCGGUAGCCUUCUUUCCGGAAUGUACCUCAGCGCAGGUCCUAUAGUCAGUGCUCUAACCAACAAAUACGGAUGUCGUGUGGUAUGCAUGGCGGGCAGUGUCAUCGCGUCCAUAGCCUUUGCGCUCAGCACACUAUCACCAAACGUCAAUGUCUUGAUGCUCACUUAUGGUUUUAUGGGUGGUAUUGGAUUUGGACUUAUCUAUUUACCAGCUGUAGUAUGUGUUGGAUAUUACUUUGAAACAAAACGAUCACUGGCCACCGGUAUUGCUGUAUGUGGUUCUGGUUUUGGUACCUUUGCUUUUGCGCCCCUUGCCACUAUGCUUCUCAAAAACUUUGAUUGGAAAGUCUCGAAUUUGAUACUUGCUGGAAUGAUUCUGUCGUGUGCCUUAUUUGGUGCUUUAAUGAAGCCUCUACAAUAUCCAAAUGAAGGCUGCAAACCAUUACUCCAAAGAAUGGCAGAUGAAAAGCGCAUGCAAAUGGAACGCGGAUCAAUAGGUGGAUCAUAUUUCAUUGUACAACUUAAAGAUGGGUCAUUAGAAAAAAGGCAAAAGUUACCACUAAACAUUGAUCCUGGUGUUCAUUCAAGUUUUAACUUAGAUGAAUUGGUGGGUGGCACCGGAUCUCCCAUGACACCGAUACCCACCAUGGCAGUUUUACCUACAAUUAAAGAAGUGAAAGCUCCAGAACAGAGUGGAUCUAGCAAUAGUUCUAGCAAUGCUGGAAGUGGAGAAUUUAAAUCUGAUAAAAAAGACAAUAAAAUAGAAAACUCAAAACCAGAAGUACCUGAACAAAAUGGUGAAACAAAUGGAAAUGGAGAGUUGACUGAAGUGAAAGCCGCCAUUCCAAGAAAUGCUUCUCAGCCUGCAUUUACAACUCAUGUUCAAGGUUUACCAAAAAAUGGUUCAGUACCAUUUUUUGACCGUAUUCGAAAAACAAGUGCCAGCGAACGUUAUCGACCUACUUUGGGGCCGAUAAAAGUGUCUCGACCUAAUCUCAGUUCAAAUGGAGAUAUUCGUAAAUCUAUACAUUUAAGAUUAUCAAAUGUAUCAAUACUUGGUAGUAAAAACAAUAACGCCGAAGAUAUGUGGUCAAAUGUGGAUACAGACAGCAUUGGAUACACUUCAUCAAAAACAAGCAUAAGAGGAAAAGAAACUGUGCGCCCAAUGUCCAGAAAAGAUAUCUUUUACUCGGGUAGUGUUUUGAAUUUGCCCGAAUACCGAUCACAAAAAUCACUUGCCAGCUAUCGCCAAAGUAUUUUGUCGUUACCAAAAUCCAUGAUGAAAGAUAACGAUAAAGAUGAUGAUGAAGAAAUAGAUGAAGGUUGCUGUCCAUUUUUACCAGAAUCUAUUAACUCUGUAUUGUCCUCGAUGAUGGACACAAGUUUACUUAAGGAUCCUGUAUUUAUGAUAAUUGGUAUCAGCAACGUAUUUGGCAUGGCUGGACUUUAUGUACCUUUUGUGUAUUUAGUGGAUUAUGCCAAAGAAUCUAGUUCAAAUAUUGAUUCAAGUCAAGCAUCAUUCCUGCUGUCUAUUAUUGGUAUAACCAAUACCAUUGGACGUGUAGUCUGUGGUUUUGUUGCCGAUUUCCCUUGGGUUGAUUCGCUGUUCCUCAAUAAUGUAUGUUUAUUAAUCAGUACAGCUGCUGUUGCUGCAACCCCUUUCUGUGUCACCUACACCCAUUAUGUUAUAAUGGCAGUCUUCUUUGGAAUUGCAGUUUCUGGCUACAUAUCAUUAACAUCCAUUAUUCUUGUGGAUCUAUUGGGUCUGGACAAGCUCACAAAUGCCUUUGGUCUUUUGAUAUUAUUUCGUGGGGCGGCCGCAAUUAUCGGAUCACCAUUAGCUGGCGCAGUAUAUGACUACACAAAAUCAUAUGACUGGCCAUUCUUUAUGGCUGCUGUAUUCUUCCUGUUGUCUGCUAUAACUAGUUUUAUGGCGGCUCCGUUAAAACGUUAUUUGGACCAAAGACAGAUGGCCCUACCCCAAGACGAUGAUGAUGCGUUGACUCCAAUUGAUGAGGAUGAUGAAGAAGACGAUGAAGAGGAAGACAACACGCACCAUCAUCAUCACCAAGUUCCAACUAUCAUUGAAACAGCUCCUACGCCAAAUAAACCACCAUUGCAAGAAAUCAAACAGAUAGAGUCUGUGGUUUAAAUUCUAAUAAAAACUCUUAAUUUUAUUUUUUUUUACUUAAAAAUGUAUGUCAUCUAAUUUUAUAAGCAUUUACAUUUACACAAUUUUUUUUUUCUAUAUUUAGCUAUUCUCAAAUAAUAAACUAUGAGAAAUAUUUUUAAAUAUGUAAAUAAUUGUUUUAUUUCUUAAUAAUAAAAAUAUUUCCAUAUUAGUUAUCAACUAUAUGUAUGCCCAAAUGUAGAUGAACAUUAUUGUGUAAAUAAUAAUAAUUAAGAAACAUUUGACUAAUUUAAACAUUGAAUUAUAUAAGUAUUUUUUUAUUUUCUCUUAAUGUACUUUAAAAAAGUAAUUUUACAAUGAAAAAAAUAUGUGUAGAGUUAUAUAUUCAAAUUAUGAUUAUUUUUAAGAGCGUAGGCACACCAGAAUGCCACUUAAAACACAUGUAGAAGCUGUGAUAACUUCUUGAUUUAUAUUUUUAUCUAAGGGGCAUUUAAGUUGAUAGGAGACACUACAUUUGUUUUAACAGGUUUUACAAACUUGCGUGUGUUACUUUAAUAUUAAACGUAUACUUUUAAUACAUUUCAAUUUGCUUUUGUAAAUAAAAAUAUCAUAAUUUUGAAAACCAUAUUAUUUUAGUAAAUAAUUAUAUUUAUUAUAAAAGAAUACCAGUUAUUAUUAUCAUUUUAUUUUCAUUAUUACAUAUAUAUUUUUUUUGUUUUCUAAAUAGAAUUUUGAAAAAUGAAAACCACUAUAUAUAUUGAAAAGAAAAAAUUUACAAAAAAAUAAAUAACUUUUUGUGUA